CAUGGUGUAAGUAGAGAUCGUGGUAGAGAUGAUUUAUAAUACGAACUCACUGCGGAGUAGGCCGGAGUAGGCUCCGCAAAAUCGCGCAUGUGCGAGUGCGAGAGCUACCGCGUUGCGGCCCAGCUGUGCCCUGUGCCGGAGAGGAGUAGUUUGACAAUCGCGGUUUGUCUUUCAGGAAAAAGCGCACUUCUUCCCGAUCGUGUGAUCCAAUUCUGUCGGCGAGGCGGGUCCUACAAUGACGUCGAAAUGCAGGAACAGAGAUUGCGCGAAUAAAAUCAGACACGGCGCGCCUAAGCUGCAGGAGGUGCUGCGUGAGAGAUGUCGCCAGAGAAUGCGAGAAAAGCGGAGCCAAUUAUUUAACAGACACAGAAUCGGCUUGGAAUCUAAUUGGAAACCGGUACAGGACACAUUGACAGAGAUAAUACGCCAAGAAUUCAAGAGUCUGGCUACAUCAGACGACAGUGGCACAAGUCUUACAUUUAGAGAGAUUGACGAGCCUCUAACUCUGGAAGAAGCGAUUGAAUAUGAAAAUGAAAUUGUUUACGAACAAGAACAAUGGAUAGUCCAAGAAUACGAGAAGAUUUUGCAAGACGAGUAUGAAUACUUUGCGACGUAUGCUGACAACGAGAAUAGAGAAGUAUUCUGUCCUAUGUGCCAGAAAGCCAUACUAGCGGAGGAAAAUAAUUGUGUAAAUUGUCCAGUCUGCGGACUAAAAUUAACAGGUCGUACCAUGCAAGAAGUGAGGCAUUUAAUUAACCAGAGUGUAAACGUACAUGCGUUCAAUUGCGUUCAAAUGCCGCGAUUCGUGGUAAUGCCUGAUAAUUGUAAUCUCAAUUUGUAUCUGACAUGCCAUGACUGUUCCACUUUAGCAUUGAUUUGCUGAUUAUUUAAUUUAACU